GCUUUUCUCAUCAUCCAAUUCCUUGAUUUGUCGUCUUAGCUAUCCAACAAUCCCGAUUUCUUAAAACUCUCUCACUCUCUGAUGAAUUCGAACGAUUUAGGCUUUUUAAAUUUGAAAACUUUUCGUCUUCUUCGUUUCGCGAGAUCGAGAUCGAUUACGGGCCUCUCCGUUUCAGCUUCUGCGUUAUAAGUGGCUCUUGUCCAAUUCAUCCACGGAUUCCUUCCAAUUUCUGAUCCAUCUACAAAAUUGUUCUUAUGGGCUCUAUUAUGAGCUUGAGCUGUUCCAAGAGUAGAAUGUCCAGUCAAGACGAAGGAAACGCGAGUGAAUCUCGGAAAAGGCAGAAAAUGUCUCCGGAGUAUGAAGGGGACAGUAGCAGAUUGAUUCCUGGUCUUCCUGAUGAGUUGUCUAUGCAGAUACUCGCCAGACUCCCCAGAAUUUGCUACUUUAAAGCGAGGUUGGUUUCCGGGAAGUGGAAAUCCGCUUUACUGAGCUCUGAGUUAUAUAGUUUGAGACAAGAACUAGGAAAAACAGAGGAAUGGCUCUAUGUGCUGACUAAAGGUCAAGAGGAUAAGCUUUUGUGGUAUGCUUUAGAUCCUGUGUCCAUGAAAUGGCAGAAAUUGCCUCCAAUGCCUGCCACUGUUUACGAAGAAGAACCUCGAGAAAGUUUCUCAAGCUUAUGGAAUAUGGCUAAUCCAAGUGUCAAAGUUGUUGAGAUUGUGAGGAACUGGUUUCGCAGGAAAGAUGCCUCGGAGCAAAUGCCAUUUUGUGGGUGUUCCAUUGGUGCCGUUGGUGGGUGCCUCUACGUUCUUGGUGGGUUCUCGAGAUCUUGGACUAUGAAUUCUGUUUGGCGGUUUGAUCCUGUUUUUAACAAGUGGAGCAAAGCGAAUUCCAUGUUGGUAAAUCGGGCUUAUUCUAAAACGGGCAUUCUUAAUAACAAACUAUAUGUUGUGGGAGGGGUUAAUAAUGGACGACGAGGAGGUUUAUCUCCUAUUCAGUCGGCUGAAGUUUAUGAUCCAAGCAGUGAUACGUGGUUAGAAAUUCCGAGUAUGCCUUUCUCAAAGGCUGAAAUGUUGCCUAAUGCAUUUUUUACCGGCUUUUUGAAGCCUAUAGCCACUGGGAUGACUUCUUACAAUGGUAGGUUAUGUGUUUCUCAGAGCUUAUACUCUUGGCCGAUCGUUGUUGAUGUAGGAGGAGAGAUUUAUGACCCGGAGACAAAUUCAUGGGUUGAAAUGCCGGCAGGAAUGGGUGAAGGUUGGCCUGCAAGGCAAGCCGGGACAAAAUUGAGUGUAGUGGUGGAUGGUGAGUUAUAUGCUUUUGAUCCUUCUUCUUCUGCGGAGAAUGGCAAGAUCAAGGUUUAUGAUCAGAAUGAAGAUGCAUGGAAAGUUGUCAUAGGGGAAGUCCCUGUUUACGACUUGACAGAAUCAGAAUCUCCUUAUUUACUUGCUGGGUUACAUGGAAAACUUCAUUUCAUUACCAGAGACCGAAACCGCAAUAUUACUGUUCUACGAGCUGACGUUCCUGAUAGCUCGAGUUCUCCGUCAUCCAGCUCGAGUCCUGUCGUGGGUUCAUGCCCUUUUCAUGGAAAAGCUGAUUCAGUUGAUACAUCAGAUACAGUUAUCUGGAAUGUCAUUGCAACCAAAGAUCUCGGAGCUGCUGAACUCAUCAGCUGUCAAGUUAUAGAUUUGUAAAUGCAAAUGCAUACAAAAACAUCUAUUUGCCACUACCGAUGAAGCUCUAUGCCGAUAUUUUAGAAGCUGAAGCAAAAUCUCGUGACAUAUCUGUCUGGGAUAUCGUCGUUUGAAGCUGCUCUGAUCAAGAUUCUACAUUCUUCCGGGGUUGGCUCCCUUUUACGUAAGCUUAAGAGUACUAUACAAUCUCGUGACGAUGUAUACUUCAGGUUCUUGAUCGAUCCUCUUUCGACGUAUAUGCUUUACUUGUGGGUAUCUAUCGGCUGUUCAGAUACAUACAUGUAAUCAUAUGAUGUAAUACACAUAUCACAUGUCCUGUUCCACGGCUACAUCUCUUCCUUGCUUUCUGCAACAUGAUUGUUUUCACAGCAAAGCAGAGGAGGAGUAUAAGAAAAGGCUUUGAAGCUCACAUGGUUGGGAUUCUGAUUCAGACAAUGGAAGUUGUCUCAUUAAGAAUCUACUUCUCUUAGUUGAACAUGUCCUCUUUUCAGUUUCAGUUGGGUCUGGGAUUUUCUUCCUUGAACCUAACUGGUCCCAAUUUCUGUCUUUGGUUUUGAUCAUGUGAGUUUGGUUUGUUGAUUAUAUUAUGUAGCUCCUGUUUAUUCCCUCCUUUAAUUGUGGACCUACAAGCAUAUGAUAAUGGCCAUUUACAUAUACAUA